UAAUAUGCAGCCACAUUGCAGCUGCAACACCACCACCCCCCAUGAGCAGCAGAAGCUCGUAGAGCGGUAGCAGCAGCAGCAGCAGCAGCAAGUGAAGUGGCAGAAGAGAGAUAGAGGAAGAAGAAGAAGAAGCAGAGAGUGAGAACCAAGAAGGCCACCAGGUUGCUACUAUGAGACGGCCGGCCGGGUCAUCGUCGGCGGCGGCCGUGGCAUUGGCCAUCUUGUUCGGGGUUCUUGUCUUGAUGGCAUUGCUCAUGGACAGCGUCGAGAAACCGGCUGCGCCGGCGAUCGUCGUCGGGAGGAGGAUGCUGGCCGGAGCAGACGCAGGGCUGAGGACUCUGGAGGAUUUCAAGACUGAUGAUCCUUUCCAAGACAGCAAGAGGAGGGUGCCUAAUGGCCCUGAUCCUAUCCACAACAGGGGAACCGGCAAGUCAGGAAGAUCUCCAGGCCGAGCGUAGCGGCACGCAUCCCGAGGCACGGAAGGUUCCAAUCCAAGGAGGCAAGGCAUAUUUGUGGAGGUGGUGCAAUGCAUUGCAAUUUGCAAGAAGGAACAAACAAGAAGAGCAUUAUGGUGGGUCUGGUCUGGUGGAUGUUGGGUGUAACUAGGGGGAGGUGGCCUAUCUUCUCUAAGCACUGCUAUUUAAGACAGUUUUAAGCAUAAAAACUUUAGCUUUUUGCAAACAAAGGCUGUUCUAGUGGUGGGGGGGUUUCUGUAAAGAGAGCAGUGAGUAUUAAGCUUCCCUCUCACAAAAAAAACAAGCAACAAAGAUUCUUGGCAAAGGGAUGUGGGCAAGAGCUCCCUUCUUUUUUGGCACUAGUAACUUUAGACAUGUUAGUAGUACUUUGUUUUUGUUGUUUCAGGGCAUUCAUUCUUUUCCCUUGUCACUGUAUCACUUACAACAUCAUAUCAUAAGUUUGCUACAGAGGAAACAGGUCAGGAAACAAAGGACCAGCAAAAAAAAUUUAGCCUUUGGCUCUUAUCUUCUGAUGAGAUGUUGAUAAUCAAUUGCGGCUUGUGACCUUGUGUCCUAGCACCAACUGAUUGAUUUAUGCUGUAAAAAUUUCCUUGUGUCCUAGCACCAACUGACUAA